UAUCUAGGGAUUUUACAAAGGACUAGUCCCGUUCCGGAUUCCGGUGAUUUCGGGGACGUGAAAAUCAGGAAAAGGAAACGAAACAGAAACGGCAUGUGCGAAGUCGAUGGCCAACCUCAAAUUAACGAGAGUUAUUGUUUCAAGUGGGCCGACUAUCAGAACCACUUGUCAGGAGUGGUUCGUCAACUUUUGGAGGAAGACUGUAUGGUGGAUGUCACUCUCUCCGCUGAUGGAGAACGCAUUCAUGCACACCGAAUAGUUCUGUGCGCUUGCAGCACUUUAUUUCAAGAAGUUUUAAGCCAGGCAACUGAAGACCAUCCGACAAUAAUUAUAAGCGACAUAUCAGCUAGAGAUAUAAGGUCGAUAGUUGAAUUUACUUACCAUGGUGAGGUUCGCAUUCCUGUAGAGAACAUUGGGAAUUUGUUGGAUGCUGCACAUUCAUUAAAGAUAUGUGGAUUGAUGGAAAUCGAUGGCUUGGAUGAAAAUGAGACAAUUGGAAGUGGGAAAGACAUUAACGAAAAUAACACGGAUAAUACAGAGCCUUUAGUACAAUUAAAUGAAUCGGAGAAUAAAGUACUUGAUUCUUUGGAAAGUGAAUAUGAGACGAGUCAAGGACAGUUGGAACAAACAAUUCCUAAUGACAUAGUAGUUAGUAAGAGAAGAAGAAGGAAAAGAGAUUCGGUUAAACGAGAGUAUAACGAAGACAUGUUAGCAGCUGCUAUUAAUGAUCUUCGUUCUGGUCAAACAUUGAUAGAAGCUUCAACUAAACACAAUAUUCCACGCUCUACUCUCUAUAUGCGUGCUAAGGCAUUGGGCAUUCAUUUAAAUGCAUCUAGAAAUGAGUAUCCUAUGGAAUGCAUGAAGGCAGCUAUAAAUGCUGUUAUUGGUGGUGCAAGUUUACAAAAUGCUUCAGAGAUGUUCAAUAUUCCUAAGACUGUACUAUGGAGGCGAAUACAAAAAGAAGGCUAUCAAAUUUUGCGUUCUGAAAUGAAAAGGUCUUAUGGCUCGGAUAAAAGAGAGGCUGCUGUUAAGGCUCUCGAAAGGGGAGAGAAUCUUACAAAAGUUGCUCUCAAAUUUCAGAUACCUAAGACAACUCUCUUUCGAGACAAGGCUAGGUUAGUGGACGAAGGUAAGUUACCUGUGUCAUUUUGGAAGAAAAGAAAGUCAGAGAACGAAGAGCUAAAACGAUUACGGUUGGAGGAGGCUGUAGCUGCUUGUAAAGAAGGGAAAAUGUCUCAAGCCGCGGCCUCCAUGACUUAUCGCAUUCCCAAAACCACGAUAUGGAGGCGGCUGCAACAAGAUAGCAAGAAACAUGUCCAUUCGUUGCAUGCAAAGAGGCAAAGAAAAUUAGCUGACUCUGCAAACAAUGUUAAAAUGAAAUCAGAGCCAGAAUCUGGUUAUUCCUAUUGUGAGGUUUCUUCAGAAAUACCUAUAACAUAUAUAGAUGAGAACAGCAUACCAGAAGAUUCUGUGAUAAUCUUGACAACGGAAGAUAUGGACGGAAUUAAUUUAGAAGGAAGACAGAUUAUCGUUAACUCGGAGCCCGGACAAGAUUAUGCACCUUGUACAUUAAAUAUCGAGGGUAGUUCCACCUAUCAACCGACUGAAAGUUAGCGCAGGUUUGCUACGCGUCGAAGCGGUUGGGAAAACAAAAUCUCGUUAGAUGUGUGUAUAUGACCAAAAGAAGUUACUGUACAUUUUUAUGUAACAUUUUGUAAGAAGAACGUAAUAGCGGAAAUAUUAAAUGCGUGAAAAGUUGCUAA